AUGGGAGAAGUAGGGAAGGCGAUGGGUUUAUUGAUUAGCGGGACGUUGGUGUAUUAUCAUUGCGCAUAUCGAAACGCAACUCUUCUCUCUCUUUUCUCCGAUGUUCUCAUCGUUCUCUUAUGCUCUCUCGCAAUUCUCGGUCUCCUUUUUCGCCAACUCGAUGUAUCGGUACCAGUGGAUCCACUCGAGUGGCAAAUAUCACAGGACACAGCAAGUAGCAUCGUUGCGCGCUUAGCUAAUACCGUUGGAGCAGCAGAGGGGGUUCUGAGGGUUGCAGCAACAGGACAUGACAAGAGACUUUUUGUCAAGGUCGUAAUCUGCCUUUACUUCCUAUCAGCUCUCGGACGACUCAUAUCAGGUGUAACCGUAGCUUAUGCAGGACUAUGCAUGUUCUGUCUCUCCAUGCUCUGUCAGAAUUCUCAAUCUCUUGGAAACUGUGUACUGAAGCAAACAAACGGCGUGAUUUUAGAACAAGAAGCACAUUCUGAUACAUAA